AUUACAUGUACGACUUAGUCAGAUGUUAUUUAGAAUCAUGACUUCCGGUGAAAACACGUUGUUUCCAGCUGCAGUUGCGACAAUUUUUGACAGCUGGACAGUACUUCAGUUAGCUGUGAACCAGGGCUUUGGUGGCGCAGAGAGCAGGGAGAAGGCAGAAUGGAUGAUCACGGCGGUUGAUCAGUGGUUUAGAGAAAACAAGGAUAUUGAGGUGUACGAACUAGAUGAUUUUCUUGCCGAUGUCAUGAAUACAGAGUUUGAUACUAUUGUAGAGGAUGGGAGUUUGUCACAGAUAUCCACACUGAUAUGCAGAGUUUACAAACUAUGCUGCGAGGGCAAAGAGGAUGAAGUCAGAGAACAAGUACAGUGCCUUCCAAAAGCUGCUGUCCAGAACUGUUCAAGAGUGGCUGGUAACGAUGAAGAGGAGGAUGAUAAUGAAGAGGACAGCAGCGAUAGACAAGGGGGAAGUAACUUAUCACAAGCCAGCUGUAAUGGAGGCUUAAGUAAUGGAACUGAUAAUACUAGUACACAAGGAGGAAAAGAGGAAUCAAAAGAGGAGAAAAUGGAAACAGAAGAAGAGGAGGGUUGGACCACAGUGCAUCGUGGGAAACGAAGAUAAUACAAACAGCAUUAUUCUACUCUGUAUUAUUGUAAAUAGGUCAAUAAAUUAUAAGAUACACAA